GCGCACAAAGAAAAACUUAACCACGGUCGCUCGCGGUCGAAUCUGACUGAGAGAAGAAAAAAUAUCAAACUUUUUUUUAGUCUUUGGAUGUGGAAUAAUUGAAUCCUAGACAUGUCUUUAGCAUUCAUGCCUCCCCGUCAGAGGGGAAAAUCGGUUCCCGAUCAAGCAACGAUCCAGAAGAUGUUAGAUGAAAAUAAUCAGCUUAUCCAGACAAUCUGUGAUUACCAGAAUAAAGGAAGAGCAUCUGAAGCUUCACAGUAUCAGCAAAUCCUCCAUCGUAAUCUUGUCUACCUUGCCACGAUAGCUGACUCUAACCAAGGAAUGCAGCAACUUCUUCCCGCUCCCAAUCAAGGCAAUAUGCCUCCAAACCAACAGUACCCAAAUUCAAUGCAAGGAGGAGGAGGAGGCAGUAACACAAACAUGCCACCUGGCCCUGGACCUAUGGGAAUGAGUGGUGGACCUGCUACUGGGGGUAAUAAUAGUAGUGGUGGAGGUGGUAGUGGAGGAAAUAGUGGUGGUGGUGGACCCCCUACUAGUGGUGGACCUACACCCCCAGGUCGUACCCCUGUGAGUAGCCAGUCACCGUCUACCAGUAGCGCACCUCCACAAGGUGCUACUCUAAUGCAGACACCGCCCCCGCAGCAGAUGGCUAAUGGACCCAUGCAACCUCCACCAGUCACGUCAGCUAGCGUCAACUCGCCACAAAUGCAAGGAGGAAUGAUGCCACCAGGUCCAGCACCACCUCCACAGUCUCAGGUUGAGCAGCCACCCCAGCAGCAACAGCAAAUGCCACAACAACAACAGUUGCCCCAGCAACCACAACAGGCACCUCAGUCCAACAUGGGUCCACCCCAGUCAAUGGCACCACCAACGCCAAACCAGCAGCCACAACAACAACAACAGCAGCAGCAACAACAACAACAUGCACAGCAAUCCAACAUGGGUCCACCCCAGUCAAUGGCACCACCAACGUCCACCCAGCAGCAGCAGCAGCAACAACAGCCACAGUCCGGUAUGGCUCCACCUCAACCACCACAACAGCAGAGCAUGGGACCACCAAGUCAACAACAGCAGCAAACACAUCCCAACCAGCAACCCAAUAUGGGCUACUCACAACAAGGAAACAUGGGAGUGCCACCUCAACCGAGUAUGGGACCUCCACAACCACCCAACCAGCCCCAACACCCCCAGCAACAAGGCAACAUGGGUCCACCACAACCUUCUAACAUGGGACCUCCGCCACCACAACAGGGCAGCAUGGGACCGCCUCAGUCUAUGGGACCCCCAAGCCAGCAGCAGCAGACACCGCCCCAUCAACAACAGGCACCGCAGCACGCCGUCAUGCCACCACCUCCCCAGCAACAGCAGCAGCCAGGCGGACCACAAGGACCGUCACCACCACAGUAUCCAGGCAACAUGCCACCCCAACGUUACCCAUCCCACCACCAGCAGGGUAUGAUGGGUGGACCACAGGGCCCAGGAGGAGGAGGGGGGCAAGGUGGUCAGAUGAUGAUGGGUGGAGGGGGGCAACAACAGAUGGCAGGUUACAGACAACCAUCACAAGGAUCAACUAAAAGCAAAGAACGGAAAGGAGAUUCAAGGACCGCAAGCAGAUUACAAAGUCAGCCAAUGUACAAUCAGAUGCCUAACUACAAUCAGCAGUACCCAUCCAAUGGACCUCCUCCUGGUGGAUACUCCCAGAUGGGUCAAAGACAACCGUAUCCUCAGCAGAACAACAUGCCACCACCUACCAGUCAGUACGGUAACCCACAGCAGGGAGGAGGCUAUGGCAACUACCCAGGACAGGGUCAGGGUCCACCUGCACCCCAUCAGGCUAGGUAUGGCUACCAGCAAGGAGGACAACCUGGACCCCCGCCCCCACAGAGCCAAGGUGGUGGUGGUGGCGGUGGUGGAGGGGGGUAUGGAGGGUAUACCCAAGGCCAAUAUCCCGGAGGAUAUCAGCAGUAGAGGACUUACAAGAGGAUGUCACCUGUUCAUCCAUUCUUCCAUUGUAACUCUUGUCGGAGCUGCUAAGGGCUAUGGGAUUAUCGAGAAGACUCCUGGAAUAUCAAACAGUUUUAGCAUCAAAGCUAUGCAUUUCAAAAAAUUUCAUUAUUUAUUGACUGAUUUCCUUGAUUGGAUUGUGUGAAAUUGAGAAAGAUGUACCUGAUUUCCUAAUAGAUUCUCCCUUCCAGCAACUCUGAAAUAACUAUUUAAAGUGUUCACGAGGAUGGAAUUGGAUGGAAUUAAUUGAUCCAAUGCGCAUGAAUGGUCAUAUUAAUCAUCAUGUAUCCUGGUUGAAAAGUACAUACACUGAACAGGAUGAAGGAAAAUGUUUAGGAUGUAACAUUAAUACCAAGUUCAUACCAGUAAUGCAUGAUGGUUUUGCAGGAGCCAUGACCUUACAUGAGAUCACCAGGUGUUGUGCGUUAAGUUAAUGGGAUGUGAUGAGCUCUAAGAGAAAAUAUCAAUGGAAGAGCAAGGACCCCAGUGCUAGAGUUUCACACCUUAUGGCUGAGACUUGGCAUGUCUGACAUUACAAUGUGAAACAAUCUGCAGGGCCGUGGAAACGGGGCUGAGUGGGCUUCAGCCCCCCCCCCCUCAUUUUUUCCCCAAAACCAGGUACAAAAACGUAAAAAUAACCAUCUGAUUGUGAUUUUUUGCAUGGUCAGCCCCCCCCCCCCCCCCCCACUUUCAAAACAGUUCCGUGGCCCCUGAUCUGUGUGGGCAGGUUGUGAUCUUUGAUUUCAAACAAUACUUCAAGUAGCCCCAGAUAAUCCUUGACAUAACCAUUGAUCCUUUCCUGUUGAUAGUCACAAUGAAAAGCUAAUGAAGGAUGGCACACAUCUGGAAGCUACUGUUGAUUUAUGGUCAACUUUUUUAUUUACUGUUCAAUAUUAAAUGUUGAAAUAAAGCUGAUUGAUUUAGAAAGAAAUAAUGAUUAAUCUUGUCUUCACUUUGACUUAUGACAUCAUGUAUAUAUUUUUUUUUUCAUACACUUAAACUGACAAUCCAUGUCUUUGUUGAAUACACAAAUUCACUAGGUGAUAUUCUUACAUGGAUAUGCAAGUAGUGGUUAUUUUUUGUUCCUUCCUUACUUUCUUAUAUAUCUUUCUUUCUUUCCAUAUUUCUUUCAUUUUCAUCCAUUGAUUUAUUAGUUUGGUUUUUUUUUUUCUUGUUCAUAAAAAAAUUGUAUUUGUCACUUACAUUUAGGGUACAUUUCAUUUGAAUUGUGCUUGUAUUAAUGAUGAAAGAUAUUUAUGCUUGAAGGUAAAUGGAGUACAUUUCUAGAUGUAAUUUAGCAUAACUUAGCUCAAGAUGUAAUUUAGCAUAACUUAGCUCAAGAUGUGAAUAUAAUUUCUCUGACCUCAGCAGCUUAGCCCAUCUAUCAUUAUGAAAAUAGAUUGUGGAACAGUUGGAGAUGACAUGUAAAACUAUUUGUAGUGGGUAUUAAACUCACUGAUGCAUUUGAGUGUUAUGGUUUCAUACUCAUAAGAGACAUUUUUUUGUAUCAUGAGUUGGAGAAAAGAGGUUGAAACUUGAUAAUUUUCAAUUAGAGUGAAUGUAAAUAACAUAUGUAAAUAAAUGUGUAAAUACCAAUUGAUGUACAUGGUCAUGGACUUGGCAAUGAAUCAAAUGGUGCAUGUAAAUAGUGAGAUUGGUGGUGAAAACUGUAAUUAUUACAUUUUCAAAAUUUACUACAAGUUACAAGAAUCUUUGAUGUAUGGUAUGUUAGGGUCAUUCAUUUGUGCAUGCAUAUCAUGAAGAAAGUGUGUUGACUGUAUUUUCUUUAUCAUUAUUAUCAUUGUCAUCCAAAGAAAGAAAUAUAUAUACAUGCUAUUGUUUGAUUUAUACAUUC